AAGCCGUUGCUUAGGAAAUUAAAAAUAGAAAUAUUACAGAAGUAUUUUAAUUUUUUAAUAUAGUUCUUGGGCUUUAUUUAUUUUUUUUUAAAUCUGCUUUUUUUUUUUUUUUUUCUGCUUGGGAGAAGAAAGACUUGGCGGAAGCAAAACAAAUCUGUGCAUAGUUUAAUGACGAAUAGGAACUAGAGUAACUAGAGUUUGUGAUUUUUUCAUACGAGUAGAGUUCUGUAUUGGUUAGAUCAUCUGCAUCAGUUUUAAGUAAUUUGCAUUUCAUCAUGCCUUUCACGGUGGCACACUUGGAAAGUUGUAUGAUGUUGGUAAUAUUAUGCUAUUUAUAGCGGCUUGUGGUUCAGUUUAUUUCUGUUCGUAAGUGACUUUUUGUUGUAAAGAUGUGGUACUGUUUACGUCAAUCCUGUCAUGUCAAAAACUGUUUUCUUACUGUAUGGAAUAAACAGCUUUCCGCAAAAUAUACUAUACUAUGCUGUCAGGCACCUGUAUGGCAGAACAGUCGCGUAACUCGAAGUUCUGCAUUGAAAGAUGUAUUUGUAAACAGAAACACUGUCCUCAGACAUGCUUCAAGUGCAAUUCCAAAAAAUAUCCGUGGGGAAUUAAAAAGACUGUUAUUACUUGCAAAGCCGGAAAAAUGGAGGUUGUCAGGUGCAAUUCUUUUAUUGCUUGUUUCAAGCAGUGUCACCAUGGCAGUACCAUUUUGUGUGGGAAAACUGAUUGAUAUUUUAUCCUCUUCCAAAGAAGAUAUGAAAAACAGUUUGAUUGGUUAUUGUCAAGUUCUAGUUUUAAUAUUUGCUGUAGGAGCUCUUGCAAAUCUUGGUCGGGUUUAUUUGAUGAAUACAUCCUCUUAUAGAAUUGUAAAUUCAUUACGCAAAAGAGCAUAUCGGUCGAUACUUAGCCAAGAAGUUGGUUUCUUUGAUUGUACAAGUACUGGUGAGCUUAUUAACAGGCUUUCAUCUGAUACUGCUGCUGUGGGAACAUCAAUAACGAAUAAUGUCUCUGAUGGAAUGCGUUCUGCAUUUUCAUUCAUAGCUAGUUCAUCACUAAUGGUUUUUACAUCUCCUUCUCUUGCUAUGCUUGGAUUAAUGACAGUGACUCCAGUCGCCGUAAUAGCAGUUGUUUCAGGGAAAUCUUUGAAAAGGAACUCUCAACAAGUGCAAAGUGCUCUUGCUAGUGCUACUCAGGUUGCCGAAGAGAGGCUGUCAAAUAUUCGUACUGUUCAUGCAUUUGCUAGACUGAAUGAAGAGUACGAUCUGUUUCAAUCAAAGGUAAAUUCUAUUAUGCAAUUUGCAACCAAGGAAGCUCUUGGCAGAGCAGUAUUUUUUGGCAUGGUAAGAAAUUUAUUUAAUCAAAGUUAAUGUUUAUUUUACUAAAAGUGUUGUUUUGUGAAAUUUUCUGUAGAAAAUGUUUUAUAUAUCUGAAAAACUGUAAUCAUGUAUGUGAAAAUCAACAAAAUAUUAUUACAGGCAGAAACAUUAAUUAACUAUGUACCAGUUUUUCUUGUACACUACCUGCCAUUGAAAAUGUAACAGCAAGAAGGAGUGGCCAGAAAGUGAUGAAACUUGGCAAACUGGAGAGACAUCAAUGAACAAUAAGUGAUCUUUAUUUCAAAAUGAUAUGCAUAAUACAGAGAGAGAACAGCAUCUGUUCAGUAGGUUGUAGAACCAUCUUGGAUGGUGAUACAUGAAGCAACAUGGCUCAGAACAGAGUCAAUGAGACUACAGAUAGUGUCCUGAGGAAUGGUUCUCUAUUUCCUGUCAACCAUUUGUCACAGUCAUCUUCUAAAUGCAGCAAUGGCAGAGUCUGCUAAUAGGGUCCAAUCGCAUACCAAAUGCAGAGUUGCCAACUCUUCCGAUUUAGGCGGGAGACUCCAGAUUUUCAACCGAUGUUCCGCCAACCUGAUUUACAAUAAAUUUCUUCAGACUUUUUUUAAAUCUUAAAAUUU